CCAUAGCAGCACAUCUCCAGGCAAUUAACACCCUUUUGUCAAGUGUGAGGCUAGUCACAGAAAUCUUACAGGAAAUCUGCAGCAAUAUUUUGAGGUAUUUAUUUAUGAUGUCACUCUUUCAUAGAAACUGGUUUGUAGAAAUUUCUGGGUCCCAGAAGUAAAAUUCACAGAAAAGAGAAGCGAUUUCUCUUUUUCCAGAUCACACCAUCACUGACCAAACCCUAAACAAAAUACACAACUCUUUUAUGUCAGUCAGCACUUAGAGCAGUUCAGAAAACUGGGAAGGUUUUGGUUUGUCUGUGUUGCACAACAAUCAAGCAUUGUGCAAAUGAUCCCCAGUUCCUCUUCAAUUAUUUUUUCCCAAGGGUUUGUGGGGGGGCCACUCUGCUUUGAACACUGAGAACAUUCAGAAAUGAAUCAAAGGCAUGGCCAGAUUUCUUGUUCACAGCAUUCUUCUGAUUGAUGUUUCUUGAUGCUUAACAAUGGGAAACAAAAACAGCCGAAUCAGUGACCUGCUCCUACUUGCCCUUGAUGACCUCUCUCAGGAAGACUUCAAAAGGUUUAAAGACAAACUCUCCUAUUCAGACUUCAAAGGAAAGGGCUUCCUAAUUCCCAGAGGACGGCUGGAGAAAGCAGACCGGGUGGAUACUAAGAACCUCCUGAUCAAGUGGUGCGGUGGGGAUGAUGCAAUAGAUGUAACUAUCCAAGCGCUCACAGAGAUUAAUCAAAAACAGUCGGCAGUUAAACUCAAACAAGAAAAAGAGGAAGGUUUGGAGUCCAGCCAGAAGGCACUGAAGAUAUCACCAAAAGAUUACAGGAUCAAGUACAGAGAAUAUGUAUGGGAAGAAUAUCAAGUAAUACAGGACAAAAAUGCACUGCUGGGUGAAUGGGUGAACCUAAGCAGAAGAUACACCCAACUUUUGAUCAUUCAGAAACAUUGUCUGUUGGAAGAGAAACAGCAUGAAAUUAUGUCCACAGGAAGGAAACAUGCCAACAUAAUGGCCAAGCAAGCCAGCCCAGAUAGGAUUGUGACUUUAUUUGAUCCUGACGAUAAUAGAGAAAACCCUAGAACUGUAGUGCUCCAAGGACCGGCUGGGAUUGGGAAAACAAUGACUGCAAGGAAGAUUAUGUUGGACUGGGCAGUUGGCAAACUCUACCAAGGCAAGUUUGAUUAUGCUUUCUACAUAAACUGCAGAGAAAUUAACUUGAUGACUGAGCAGCAGAGUCUGAUUGAUUUAAUCCUUUGGAACUGUCCUGAGAGAAAUGCUCCCAUUAAAGAUAUUAUUGCAAACCCAGAGAGGCUUCUGUUCAUCAUAGAUGGUUUGGAUGAAUUGAAGUUUUCCUUGGAAUCCAAAGGGGAACACCUGUGUGUCAGUCCUGAUCAAAAGAAGCCUGUGGAAGUCAUACUGAGAAGCUUAGUCAGGAAAAGCAUUCUUCCCAAAUCGUAUUUAAUAAUCACCACAAGACCAACUGCUCUGGAGCAACUUCAGAAGUAUUUGAAGUAUCCCCGUUAUAUAGAGAUCCUGGGAUUUUCUGAGGAGGAUAGGGAAGAGUAUUUCCACAGGUAUUUUGGGAACAAGAGGCAAGCAGUUCAAGCCUUUGGAGUUGUGAAAGCAAACGAAAUGCUCUUCACCAUGUGUUUUGUCCCCAUUGUGUGUUGGAUCAUCUGCACUGUGAUGAAGCAACAGAUAGACAGAGGAGAAGAUCUUGUACAAACUUCCAAAACAAACACCUCUGUAUACAUGUUCUAUUUGACCAGUUUACUCAAGGAUCACAGCACAGUGUUGGAAAGAUGUGGACAGACACAUUUCCGAAGCUUGUGUCUCUUAGCCAGAGAAGGAGUCUUGGCAAGAAAAAUACUCUUUGAGGAAGAUGACCUCCAAAAGCAUGGCUUAAAUGAGGAGUCGCUGUUCCUUCACAAGAAACUUUUUCAGCAAGAUAUUGAUUGCCAAUCUGCCUACAGCUUCAUCCAUUUAAGUUUCCAAGAGUUUUUUGCAGCCUUGUCCUACGUGCUAGACAAAAGACCAGAGAUAGCUGACAGAGUGCCAUGUCAUUAUGAAGAUGUGAGGAAGUUGCUAAAAGAUUUUGGAGAGGGUGGAAAUGAAUAUUUAGUGUUGACAGUACGCUUUCUGUUUGGUCUCUUAAAUGAAGAAAGAAGGAAAAGCAUAGAGAAAAGCUUAGGCUGUAACAUUUGUUCUGAAACUAAACAAGUGCUUCUGGAAUGGGUUGAAGCUGAGGUUGCAUCAAAGAACUUUCAAAAACAAUUAGAGGUAUUCUGUUGCCUAUAUGAGAUUCAAGAAGAAGAGUUUGUGGGAAGAGCAAUGGAUCAUAUCCCAGAGAUCAGGCUGUAUGACAACUGCCUAGAGAAUGCGUUCAACUCACUGGUUAUUUCAUUUUGUCUGAGACACUGCCGUAGGGAACAGUCUCUCCACAUUGGAUACUUACUUUUUUUAUCCAGCUUAUAUUUUAAUGGAAGGGUGGAUGAAAAUCUACCUCUGCUCUUUGAAGGGCUGAAGGAUCCAAGGUGUAACAUAAGAGUGAUCUGGUUCAAGAGAUGUAAUGUCAGAGCUGCUUCCUUUGAGAUUCUAACCUCUGUUCUCACUAUAAACAAACACAUCAGAGAAUUCAACUUACAACAUACUGACCUAGGCGAAGUGGGAGUGAUUAAGCUCUGUCAGGCACUCAAGUAUCUCCAUGGCACUGAGCCACAUUUCUGGCAGUCCCUGGGGGGAGUAUUACGUUGCUGUAACCUCAACCCCAAGUCAUGUGAGAAAUUAGCCUCUAUUGUUCCUAAAAACCAGAACCUGAGGGUGCUCCAUUUGGAUUGUAACAGGAUAGGAGAUGCUGGACUGACAAAGCUCUGCCAAAUGCUGAUGCAUCCCGACUGCAAACUCCAAGUACUCAGCUUGCUCAGUUGCAAUCUCACUGCUGUUUGCUGUGUGGAUCUUGCUUCUGUACUCUGUACAAACCAAUCCCUCUUAAAGCUCUUUCUAGGCCAUAAUGAAGAAAUGGGAGGGGCUGGCGUGCAGCUCUUAUGUGAAGGCCUCCUACAUCCAAAUUGCAGACUAGUCUCACUAAGGUUGGAUUCAUGUGGACUGACAGAGGCAUGUUGGGAAGGUUUUUUAGCAGCUCUCAAAACAAACCAGUUUCUGCGAGAGCUUCACCUGUGCAAUAAUGACAAUCUGAGAAGGUACCUGGAAGCUGAUGAGCGAUGCAGGAUUAGAGAACUGAAGCAGCACAACUUUAGAAUACAAAUAAUGCUGUAGACCAACAACUUGGGAAAAGGGGGUACUUUUUUCCUAACAAAG